AUGAACUGCGAUUCUAGAACUUGUACUUUUCAAGAAUUAAAAUAAAGUGUUCCUGAAAAAUAACCCUCCUUAAGAUAAAUUUCUGUAUUAAUUGAUGAAUUUGAUUGGGAUUCAAAAUAUGGUCCUUAUUCUGGUAUGACUAGAGAAGAAAGGUAAUGUCGAAUUCAUGAAUUAUUAGAUACAAUAGAGCUGUUGUUUAUGGAUUAUAUCCUCCUCAAGAAAUCAAAAAUUACUUGAACUCAAAACCUCAUCCUUAUUCUGAAUUUUAUAAAUUGUGUUGA